CUCCCUUCCUACACGGGCCCCGCAAAAUUAGGGUUUCGCUCUCCGCUCCCCCGCUGAUCCCAAUCUCCGUUGAAAUCCGUCCCCAAUUCCGCCGGAAAUCCCGCCCGAAUCCCCCGCGCCGGCAUGAACCCGGCGGCGUCAGGCGACCGGAGCCCUCCCGACCCCCUCCACCCCAUGCUGAAGGAAUCGGUGGACCGCUUCUUGCUGGAGUACCACGGCGGAUCGCCAGACUUCUCCGGCUUCGCCGCCAUCUUCUCCCGCCUGCUCCACAGCCUGCCCGACCCGCCUCUCGAGACCAUCUGGUUCUACGCCGCGCUGACCCACCACGCCGCGAAGCCAGCGGCCGGCGGCCGCUGUGGCGCCGCCUCGGAGCAGGUGUCGAGGGUCAAGGAGCUGUUCCAGCUGCUGGCGUCCUGCUCCGGCUCGUGCAAUGCGGUCAAGAAGGUGGCCGCGCUCGCCCCGGUGGUUUACGAGCUGUACUUUCUGGCGGUCGAGAGGAGGAGCUUGAAGAGAGAGGUCGAGGACUUGCUGGAGGUCGUGGUCAGUUAUAUCAGCAUCUGUGGCGGUAGGGAGUUCGAAGAAGAGGAUGAACUGGAGUCUCUGGGUCCGUGCUUCUUGGAUUUGAUUCGUGUGUGGAUGGUCGAUAAGCCGAAGAAGGAUGCGAAGUCGUUCUUUCCGGUUGUUAGCGACGAUGUUCGCGAGGGGAUUUGUAAGGAUCGCGGGGCUGGCAUGGGGCGUUUGGCCGGGGUUGUUAUGACCGAGGUAUUUUUGUUGAGGUUAUGCUUGAAGUUGGAUGCCCGGACAUUGCGAGCCGAGUUGGAGAGAGACAUGCAUAGCUGGGCAGUCCAGACUAUUGCUGGAUUUAGAAACUUUUGCUUUUUCGGUACUCUUCUUAGCAUGCUAUUGGAUCCAGUUUUACCUGUGACAUUGCUACUAAAAUUCGAGGAUGAAAUUCUCUUACGAGAAGUCCUAUAUGAUGCCCUGAUAAUGGUGGAUUAUCCAUUUCUGAGCCCUCAAAAUGGGAGAAAGCUUCGUGUCGAGGUCUUGAAGAGCUCAGCUGUCUUGUUGUUGUUAGUAGCUGAAAGUGCCAUGCAAUUCAUUAGGGAAAAUGGUGACCAUAGCAAAGUAGACUCUUAUAAGGAUGCAGUCUCUAAAUCCUGGCUACCUUCUCAAUUGCUCAAAUGGGUUACUUGUCAAACUGGUCCGGGGAGAAUAACCAGCAGACCAACGGCAUCAACUCCAGCAGCACUUAUUAAGUGGCUGCUGAUUGUAGAGGAUCUAGGGAUAAGAGUCUUUGACAGUGAUAUUUUGAAGCUCCAUGCAAAGGCAGUAGUUUGCAAGUCAAGAAUAGAGUAUGAGCUACCAGUUUUCAAGCUAAGAGGUGACAAUUUUAACGAUGCUUUUAUCCUCCCCCCGUAUAACGAGGGCAUAGCGGUGGAUACAAUUGAUGAUGCUGAUCUGGAUAUGGUUGAUUCUGUGGAUGCCACUUUCAUGGCUUACACUUGUCCGGUAGUGUUAACAAGUGAUGGUACUAGAAAACGCAAAGAUGGGAGGAAGGAAGAAGGGGAGAUACCUGUUAAGUUCCUCAAAUCUCAUAGUCACGAGAAUGUAGCAAAAUGCAAUGUAUUUCACUCAUGUGUUGGGGAUGGCUUGAGCAGUAGGAAUGAGGAGUAUAGUCCCAUCCUCCAGGAAGAUCCAUUAAGUAUGGAACACUAAGUUAAAGAGGCGCGACACAUCCAAAGACUGUAGGAUGUGUAAUUUUGGUUCGGAAUCCUUUUGUUUUGGUCAAGCUCGAGAAGGUUGCUUGGGCCCUCCCACUGCAUCUUCCUUCAGCUGCGAAAAAGAUAUUUGGUCCUUGCUAAUAGAAAUAUUCCUAGUGUGGCACCGGCUCCACCUAUGCUCUUUCCGGCUCUAUAAAAUUCUAUCUUGAGCUCGGAGAGGUUCCAUAAUUUGCAUCCUGUCAUCAUCAUACCGUCUUUGAGUUGGUUGGCCAUGUCUAUACUUCCUCCUGGGCCGCACUUUUGUUUCUAGAUGGACCUUUUUUAGUCGGCGGGAUAGAUCUCAGAUACUACGAGUGCAUCAAGAAAUUCUUCUUUUUGUUGCUAGGAGGAGCAAUCCGAAUCUGUCGAGAGCAUGUGCUCUUCAAUUCCAAUUGAGUUACUGUAACACUAUAGAUAUUAUAGGAUAUAUUAUAAGUUUUGCA